AUGAACAGCGUGGGCGAGGCGUGCACUGAGCUGAAGCGCGAAUACGACCAGUGCUUCAACCGCUGGUUCGCCGAGAAGUUCCUCAAGGGCGACAGCGCCGAGGACCCCUGCGGGCAGCUCUUCAAGCGCUACCAGCUCUGCGUGCAGAAAGCGAUCAAGGAAAAGGACAUACCCAUCGAAGGCCUGGAGUUCAUGGGCCCAAGCAAAGGAAAAACUGAAAACUCCUCUUGACCUCGACUCUAUGGAUGGAGUCACUAAAUGGAGCCUUUGGAAUGAGGAACUCCACCAGGCAUAAGACUGGACACCUGGAUAAGACCUUUGUUAAGCUGCUCUCUAGGAAGCAAGGAGUCCUCCCUGCUUGUAAAAACAAAC